AUAAGGCCACAGUAAGUUGGUUUCAACACUUUGUGAUCGUCAACGAUGGAACAUUAUAUGCUUUUUCUCUUUUUCUUGGCGGCCCUAACUCAAACUGAGACCUGGGCAGGCUGCCACACUAUGAAGUAUUUCGACACGAUUGUGACCGGGCCCAGCCUGGGGUUGGAGGAACGGUGGUUCAUGACUGUAGGCUACGUAGAUGAUCAGCAGUUUGUGCGCUUUCACAACAGCAGUGGAAGUCAGAUCACCGAGCCCAGGGCACCGUGGAUAGAGUUGGAGACACCGGACUACUGGGAGCGUGAAACGCGACACUUAAAGGACUCACAGCACUGCCCAAUGAGCCUACAAAAUCUGCACUUCAAUUACAAUCAGAGUGAUGACGGCGGGGUUCACACGUUACAGCGCAUGUACGGCUGCGAGGUUUUCCCCAACGGGAGUUUCAGCACAUUUUUCCUACGUUAUGGCUACGAUGGACAAGACAAACUCUCCCUGGAUCCAGAGACUGUAAUCUGGAUAGCGUCGGAUCAAGUGGCUCUAAACCUCAAGCUUAAACUGGAGACUGAUCGGAGUUUAGCGGAGAGAUGGGAGGUCUAUCUGAAGGAGACAUGUGUGCAGGAGCUGUUGAGACAUCUGGAGAAAGGGAAAAAAACGCUGCUGCGAACAGAUCCUCCUUCGGUAAGAGUGACCCGUCAUAUCACCUCUGACCGGGAAGUGUUCCUAAAGUGCAGAGCUUGGGGCUUUUAUCCUUCUGAAAUCUCAAUAAUUUGGUUGAAAGAUGGAGAAGAACAAAUCCAAGACACAGAGUACAUUGAGACCAGACCUGGGGGAGAUGGGACCUUUCAGAAAUGGGCAGCUGUUGAGAUGCCCUUUAGAAAUGAAGAGAAAUAUACCUGCCUGAUACAGCAUGAAGGACUGCCUGCACCACUCUCCUUGAAAUGGGAGCCACAGUCAACAUCCAAUGGGCUUUUUAUGGGAAUCAUUGCUGCUGUCCUCCUCCUCUUCACUGCAGUUGUUGCUGGAGUUGUGAUCUGGAAGAAAUCCACUUUAGGUGGAAAAGGAAGGAAUUAUGCUUUGACUUCAGAGAUUGACAGUGCUCAGGGAUCAGAUGUGUCUCUUACAGCAAGAGGCUGAGGAAGCUGUCCCAUAUGAAAUGAUUUUCCUGAACCAGUUCUCUUGAUCUCCCUUCUCCAAAUUCUCUCUCCUACAUGAGUUGCUGUCAUCAUGGCUGUACUAGCCAAACCUCAUUGGGAACAUCAGUGCCCCCAUCCUGUUAUCUGCUCUCUUCCUCUUUCACUUGCCUUCUUUCUGUCAGAAAUUAGAGUGGUGGCAGAAAAUUUUUAGAAUCCCCACCUCCUUCUCUCCAUGAUGUUGUACUGAACUCUGAUUUUUUUUCUUGCUGUUUCUUUACUGGGGGAAAAUGUGUACAGAUUUAUUUUUCUUCAGGUCCAUAUUUCAAACAUUAUUAUAAAGUGGUAAUCAUCAAAACAAUCUAGUACUGUGUAAAAAAUAAAUGAUGGAUCAAUCCAAUAUAUUAAAUUCAUAAUACAUAGCACUAAUAAAACCUUAAAUCCAAGUUUUUGGAACAAUAAUUCAUCAUUUGAAAAAAUUGCUAGAAAAACUAGAAAGCAGUUGGAAAGAAACUAGGCAAAUAUCAAUAUUUCAUACUGUAUACCAAAAGAUGGUCAAAAUGAACAAAUGAUUUAGGCAUGAAAGGUAAUAUAAGUAAAUUAAGGGCACAUGGAAAAAUUUAUUGGUCAAAUCUAUGGAUAAAAAGAAAGGUCUUAUUACUAAAUAAAAGGUAGAGAGAAUUAUGGGAAAUAAAAUGGAUAAAUUUGUUUACAUGAAAUUUAAGUUUUUGUACAAACAAAACUAAUACAGUCACAAUUAAAAGGAAAGGAGGAAAUUGGAAAAACUUUAUAAGUUUCAUUGAUAAAGGCCUCAUUUCUUAACUAGAGUAUCCAGACAAAUUUAUAAAAAUAA